CUUAUCUUCUUCUACUUCGAAAUCCACUUACAAUGUCAAAGCUCUCUUUCUUUCUCUCUCUAUCUUUCUCUGUCUCUCAGAUCUAACUUUCUUUCUCUCAGCGCUUUUGUGAGUUUUCAGAUAAAAAGAGUGUUGCACUCUCGGGUGGUCGUGGUUUCUUGGUUGGGACGUGAACGACGGUGAUGCCGAGAAUGGGGUACUCGUUCCCGGAGGAGGUGCUGGAGCAUGUGUUCUCGUUCAUACAGAGCGACGAGGACCGGAACGCGAUCUCGGAGGUGUGCAGGUCGUGGCACGAUAUUGAGCGGUGGAGCAGGAGGCGGGUUUUCGUUGGCAACUGCUACGCUAUCAGCCCCACGAUGGUGAUCCGACGGUUCCCCGAGGUUCGGUCCGUUAAGCUCAAGGGGAAGCCGCACUUUGCUGACUUCAACCUCGUCCCCGAAGGCUGGGGAGGCUACGUGGCCCCCUGGAUCUCUGCCAUGGCCUCGGCCUACCCUUGGCUCGAAGAGAUUCGGCUGAAACGUAUGGUUAUCACGGACGAGAGCUUGGAGCUCAUUUCCAAGUCCUUCAAGAACUUUAAGGUCCUCGUGCUGUCGUCAUGCGAGGGCUUCAGCACCGACGGCCUCGCCGCCAUUGCUGCCAAUUGCAGGAAUUUGAGAGAACUGGACUUGGGGGAAAGUGAAGUGGAAGACCUGAGUGGGCACUGGCUGAGUCGUUUCCCUGAUAACUACACCUCAAUGGUGUCCCUUAACAUUGCCUGCUUAGGGUGGGAGGUGAGUUUCUCUGCCUUGGAGCGCCUGGUGGGUAGGUGCCCCAACCUGAGGACUCUGCGGCUUAACCGUGCGGUGCCCCUUGACAAGCUUGCAAACCUACUUUGUCGGGCACCUCAGCUUGUUGAGUUGGGCACGGGGGCAUACUCAUCUGAGUUGCGACCUGACGUAUUCUCAAACCUAUCAGGAGCUUUCUCUGGAUGCAAGGAACUUAAGAGCCUGUCUGGUUUUUGGGAUGUAGUUCCAGGCUAUCUUCCAGCUGUUUAUCCUAUCUGCUCCAAGUUAAAAUCAUUGAACUUGAGCUAUGCUACCAUCCAGAGCCCUGAGCUUAUCAAGCUAGUUAGCCAAUGUCAGAACUUGCAGCGCUUAUGGGUUCUGGAUUACAUUGAAGAUGCUGGCCUUGAUGCCCUUGCAGCAUCUUGCAAGGAUCUACGCGAAUUGAGGGUAUUUCCAUCUGAUCCGUUUGGACAAGAACCAAAUGUGCCAUUGACGGAACAGGGCCUUGUUUCUGUUUCUGAAGGCUGUCCUAAGCUCCAAUCGGUUCUCUACUUCUGCCGGCAAAUGUCUAAUGCAGCCUUAAUGACUAUUGCCAGGAAUCGACCAAACAUGACCAGGUUUCGUCUUUGUAUCAUUGAGCCCCAUACUCCUGAUUACCUUACCCUUCAACCACUUGAUGUGGGAUUUGGAGCCAUUGUGGAGCACUGCAAGGAUCUACGACGUCUAUCCCUUUCUGGUCUUCUCACUGAUCGUGUGUUUGAGUACAUUGGGACACAUGCCAAAAAACUAGAGAUGCUCUCCGUGGCUUUUGCUGGAGAAAGUGAUUUGGGACUCCAUCACAUACUGUCAGGUUGUGAUAAUCUUAGGAAGCUGGAGAUUAGGGACUGUCCUUUUGGUGACAAGGCUCUUUUGGCCAAUGCUGCGAAGCUGGAGACAAUGCGAUCCCUUUGGAUGUCUUCUUGCUCUGUAAGUUUUGGAGCAUGUAAGCUGCUUGGUCAGAAGAUGCCAGGGCUUAAUGUUGAGGUUAUUGAUGAGAGGGGACCCCCAGAUUUAAGACCGGAAAGCUGCCCCAUUGACAAGCUUUACGUAUAUAGGACAGUUUCUGGGCCAAGGUUUGACAUGCCUGGAUUUGUUUGGACAAUGGCUGAAAAUCCUGCAUUGAGGCUUUCUUGACAGUUCUCCCCAUGUAUUAAUCCCCCAGAAAUCAUGUGGCCCCAUGAAAAUAUGAAUGGGUAUGGCAGGUACAUGCUCUAUAUGGUACCCAAUUGUUUUGCCUUUAACGUAGAUUGAUACAAUUGCAGCCCUAAUUGUGUGCGAGCAAGAUUGGGAGGAGGGUAUACAGAGGCUCAAGGGCUGGAUUGCCACUAAUUUUAAGCUUUGCUGAGCUUUGAAAUACCAAUUAGUAAUAAUAAAUGUCGAAACUGUUGCUGUUGUAUGUUUAUCUAAUUAGAGAAGAUGGUAUUUUUUCAGUGGUUCACCAUGUAUACUAUUUGGCAGAUUUUGCAUGUUUAUGGAAUCAGAUUUUCCCUGUUUUCAUCAGGAGGUAAUUAUUAUGUGGACUAAGUUUUAUCAAUUCUAGCCUUCUGAAGAAAUAAGAUUUUAUGUCCCAA